UGGACGUUGACCAAUCAGACAGCUGCAUGUGGAAGGUCUCAGCCAAUGAUGGAGGCCUGGCCAGCAGCCUGGGUCCUACUUUUAACGCUAAUCGCUGAUUGGCUGGAAGCGGCUCAAUCGCGGGACUUCACUGUGAAGGACAUCAUCCUGCUCCAUCCAUCAACCACUCCUCAUCCUGGAGGGUUCAAGUGCUUCACAUGUAAAGAUGCACCAGACAACUACGAAUGCAAUCGCUGGGCUCCGGACGUAUACUGCCCACGAGAGACCAGGUACUGCUACACCCUCCAUGUGUUGGACGUCCAGGGGAACACAGUGUCUGUGACCAAACGCUGUGUGGCCCUGGCCCACUGUCUGUCUACAGGCUGCACCCAGGACAACCAUGAAGGAUACAAGGUCUGCACUGCUUGCUGUGAAGGAAACAUCUGUAACAUGCAGUUGCCAAGAAACAAGACAGACACCAUCUUUUCCACCACCUCUCUCCUCCACAGCAGUAACGGUCUACUCACACACUACUGGCUGCUCACUGGCUGUCUGAGCUCUAUCGUCAUCAGCGUCAUGCUAUCCAACAGUCUAUGACAUCUAACACUCCUACCGUCAUCAGCGUCAUGCUAUCCAACAGUCUAUGACAUCUAACACUCCUACCGUCAUCAGCGUCAUGCUAUCCAACAGUCUAUGACAUCUAACACUCCUACCGUCAUCAGCGUCAUGCUAUCCAACAGUCUAUGACAUCUAACACUCCUACCGUCAUCAGCGUCAUGCUAUCCAACAGUCUAUGAUAUCUAACACUCCUACCGUCAUCAGCGUCAUGCUAUCCAACAGUCUAUGACAUCUAACACUCCUACCGUCAUCAGCGUCAUGCUAUCCAACAGUCUAUGACAUCUAACACUCCUACAGUCAUCAGCGUCAUGCUAUCCAACAGUCUAUGAUAUCUAACACUCCUACCGUCAUCAGCGUCAUGCUAUCCAACAGUCUAUGACAUCUAACACUCCUACCGUCAUCAGCAUCAUGCUAUCCAACAGUCUAUGACAUCUAACACUCCUACCGUCAUCAGCGUCAUGCUAUCCAACAGUCUAUGACAUCUAACCCUCCUACCGUCAUCAGCGUCAUGCUAUCCAACAGUCUAUGACAUCUAACACUCCUACCGUCAUCAGCGUCAUGCUAUCCAACAGUCUAUGACAUCUAACACUCCUACCGUCAUCAGCGUCAUGCUAUCCAACAGUCUAUGACAUCUAACACUCCUACCGUCAUCAGCGUCAUGCUAUCCAACAGUCUAUGACAUCUAACACUCCUACCGUCAUCAGCGUCAUGCUAUCCAACAGUCUAUGAUAUCUAACACUCCUACCGUCAUCAGCGUCAUGCUAUCCAACAGUCUAUGACAUCUAACACUCCUACCGUCAUCAGCGUCAUGCUAUCCAACAGUCUAUGACAUCUAACACUCCUACAGUCAUCAGCGUCAUGCUAUCCAACAGUCUAUGACAUCUAACACUCCUACCGUCAUCAGCGUCAUGCUAUCCAACAGUCUAUGACAUCUAACACUCCUACCGUCAUCAGCGUCAUGCUAUCCAACAGUCUAUGACAUCUAACACUCCUACCGUCAUCAGCGUCAUGCUAUCCAACAGUCUAUGACAUCUAACACUCCUACCGUCAUCAGCGUCAUGCUAUCCAACAGUCUAUGACAUCUAACACUCCUACCGUAAUCAGCGUCAUGCUAUCCAACAGUCUAUGACAUCUAACACUCCUACCGUCAUCAGCGUCAUGCUAUCCAACAGUCUAUGACAUCUAACACUCCUACCGUCAUCAGCGUCAUGCUAUCCAACAGUCUAUGACAUCUAACACUCCUACCGUCAUCAGCGUCAUGCUAUCCAACAGUCUAUGACAUCUAACACUCCUACAGUCAUCAGCGUCAUGCUAUCCAACAGUCUAUGACAUCUAACACUCCUACCGUCAUCAGCGUCAUGCUAUCCAACAGUCUAUGAUAUCUAACACUCCUACCGUCAUCAGCGUCAUGCUAUCCAACAGUCUAUGACAUCUAACACUCCUACCGUCAUCAGCGUCAUGCUAUCCAACAGUCUAUGACAUCUAACACUCCUACCAUCAUCAGCGUCAUGCUAUCCAACAGUCUGACAUCUAACACUCCUACAGUCAUCAGCGUCAUGCUAUCCAACAGUCUAUGACAUCUAACACUCCUACCGUCAUCAGCGUCAUGCUAUCCAACAGUCUAUGACAUCUAACACUCCUACAGUCAUCAGCGUCAUGCUAUCCAACAGUCUAUGACAUCUAACACUCCUACAGUCAUCAGCGUCAUGCUAUCCAACAGUCUGACAUCUAACACUCCUACAGUCAUCAGCGUCAUGCUAUCCAACAGUCUAUGACAUCUAACACUCCUACCGUCAUCAGCGUCAUGCUAUCCAACAGUCUAUGACAUCUAACACUCCUACCGUCAUCAGCGUCAUGCUAUCCAACAGUCUAUGACAUCUAACACUCCUACAGUCAUCAGCGUCAUGCUAUCCAACAGUCUAUGACAUCUAACACUCCUACAGUAAUCAGCGUCAUGCUAUCCAACAGUCUAUGAUAUCUAACACUCCUACCGUCAUCAGCGUCAUGCUAUUUAACAGUCUAUGACAUCUAACACUCCUACCGUCAUCAGCGUCAUGCUAUCCAACAGUCUGACAUCUAACACUCCUACAGUCAUCAGCGUCAUGCUAUCCGACAGUCUAUGAUAUCUAACACUCCUACCGUCAUCAGCGUCAUGCUAUCCAACAGUCUAUGACAUCUAACACUCCUACAGUAAUCAGCGUCAUGCUAUCCAACAGUCUAUGAUAUCUAACACUCCUACCGUCAUCAGCGUCAUGCUAUCCAACAGUCUAUGACAUCUAACACUCCUACCGUCAUCAGCGUCAUGCUAUCCAACAGUCUAUGACAUCUAACACUCCUACCGUCAUCAGCGUCAUGCUAUCCAACAGUCUAUGACAUCUAACACUCCUACCGUCAUCAGCGUCAUGCUAUCCAACAGUCUAUGAUAUCUAACACUCCUACCGUCAUCAGCGUCAUGCUAUCCAACAGUCUAUGAUAUCUAACACUCCUACAGUCAUCAGCGUCAUGCUAUCCAACAGUCUGACAUCUAACACUCCUACCGUCAUCAGCGUCAUGCUAUCCAACAGUCUAUGACAUCUAACACUCCUACCGUCAUCAGCGUCAUGCUAUCCAACAGUCUAUGACAUCUAACACUCCUACCGUCAUCAGCAUCAUGCUAUCCAACAGUCUAUGAUAUCUAACACUCCUACCGUCAUCAGCGUCAUGCUAUCCAACAGUCUAUGACAUCUAACACUCCUACAGUCAUCAGCGUCAUGCUAUCCAACAGUCUGACAUCUAACACUCCUACCGUCAUCAGCGUCAUGCUAUCCAACAGUCUAUGACAUGUAACACUCCUACCGUCAUCAGCAUCAUGCUAUCCAACAGUCUAUGACAUCUAACACUCCUACCGUCAUCAGCGUCAUGCUAUCCAACAGUCUGACAUCUAACACUCCUACCGUCAUCAGCGUCAUGCUAUCCAACAGUCUAUGACAUCUAACACUCCUACAGUCAUCAGCGUCAUGCUAUCCAACAGUCUGACAUCUAACACUCCUACCGUCAUCAGCGUCAUGCUAUCCAACAGUCUGACAUCUAACACUCCUACCGUCAUCAGCGUCAUGCUAUCCAACAGUCUAUGAUAUCUAACACUCCUACCGUCAUCAGAGUCAUGCUAUCCAACAGUCUAUGACAUCUAACACUCCUUCUGCAUGGUAGAGCAAGUAGAUGUACAGUUUGAUAUUAUUAUAUUUGGUGUUAAAAUUUUAUGAAGUUGCUUUUCUGUUUAAUUUAUUUAAUUUUUCCUAUUUUUUAACCGAGACAGUAUUGACGGAAUCUUCUAGAUUUUGUCUCACCGUAAGAAGUUCUCCUGUUAUAUUUACUGGAUUCUAU